CAGAUGAUAUGAUAUGAUAUCGUGCUCAUAUUGAUGUGUCAUUGGAAUGUGGAUCUAUAUCUCAUGUUCCAUUGUAGUCUUGAGCAAGAAUGAAGUUUGAUGACAUGGUUGUAUUGUGGGAAGAAGUCGUGGCAUACAAGCAAAGCAUUGCUGUGGAUAACGCUGUGGAAGAUGCUUUCUUCCUUCUUUCCAGUUGCAUGGGAACGAACAUAUGGCAGCGAGCAGCUGAUCAAAGAACUCUGGGUGGAAAUGACGAGGCCCGGCGACUACCUCAGCUCCUAAAAGCUCAACCACUUCAGGGAUUAAAUGUGACUGUGAAGGAAAGAGGGGAGAAUAAAGAGCACUUGGAUGAGGGGACGAGCAUAAGCCACUCGGGGAAGGGAAGUGGUGCAGGGAAAGGAGGUGGGAAGGGCGCCGGCGGUGGCUCACAGACGCUCCGCCAACCAAGGGACCAGCGAAACAGCUCGGCGUCCAGCUGGCGGUGGCCGCGGUCCUCUCUCACUUUACUCGUCGGUGGGUUGCUCCUCCUCUUCCUGCACUCCUGCGGUUGAAGUCGAACAAGACGAUGAUGACGAUGAUGCUGAUGAGAGUGCUUGUUGUCAUGCAGGCAUGUAAUGUCUUUCAACAGUUCUUGUCGAAAUAAAUCCUAUGAUUAAAGGCAUAGCCUGGAUCAUGGUGGAUGGA